AAAUUUAAUUCGAUCAAACUGGCGAUGGCGUCCACAACAAAACUAAGCGCCCAACAGCCGGGGGACAACGAGUUCGAGGCAAAGCGCCGGGAAGUGGUGGCUCAGGCCCAGAGCCUUCCUACAAACGACCAGGCUGCCGAGACUGGACACAAAUUCCGCCCUGGAGGCUCAAAUUAUCCUACCCUAUUUUCUCUCCUUUCUCCCUCGCCUGCUUCCCCUUCGCAUCUUCCUCCUCUUCCUCUUAUUACUUCAUUCGUCUUGUUUCUGUUCCUCAUCUCCUUCCACCUACUCCUCCUCUUCGGUCUGUCUCUCUAUCGUUUCUGCUACCGCACUGCCCCCUUCCUCUUUUUCCUCCCUCGCCGCCUCCCCCUCUGCUUUCUCCUCUUAAUGUUUCAUUCAUCUUGCUUCUGUUCACUGUCCGCUUCCAUCUACUACUGUUUUUCCAUCUGUCUCUCGUUUCUGCCAAAAGUACUAAUGACUUUCGCAAACGUUACGAAACAAUGGAUCAUAAUGGCCACCACGCCUACGUCUCUCGCUCUUGUUCGGUGUAAUAAGUAUGAUGACAUAAAACGCCUGUUGUUUCCAGACGCGCUUCUGCCCUGUAGCUCUGGUCUGCCCUCCGCCAUGGCGUGA